AUGGACACGCCGACGUCGUCGACGUGGGAGGAGGGCUCGCAGUCCGACUACGCCGACCUCGACGACGAUGACAUGCCCCUCGACCAUCAGCGCGGCGGCGUGCUGCGGGCGCUGAACCUCCGCCGCGACGACGACGCCGCCUCCGACGUGUCGUCCGAGUGCAGCGGGGAGCCCGGGAGCCCGUACGGGUCGCCGUACCCGCGCUGGCCGGUCUGCAAGCUGGCGGCGCGGAUGCCGCCGCCGGCGCCGCUGCUGCAGAGGCUCGGCACGGAGGCGCGCCGCGGCGGCGCGCGUGACCGCAAGGCCGGUUGCACCGAGUUGCAGCUGAUGAAGGAAAGGUUCUCGAAGCUCCUGCUCGGGGAGGACAUGUCCGGCGGCGGCAAGGGUGUCUCCACCGCCGCCGCCAUCUCCAACGCCAUCACCAACCUCUACGCGACCGUUUUCGGGAGCUGCCACAGGCUGGAGCCGCUGCCGGUGGAGAAGAAGUCGAUGUGGCGGCGGGAGAUGGACUGCCUGCUCUCCGUCUGCGACUACAUCGUCGAGUUCUUCCCGUCCAAGGACAUCCUGCCCGACGGCACGACCCGAGAGGUGAUGGCGACCAGGCCGAGAUCCGACAUCUACGUCAACCUCCCGGCGCUCGAGAAGCUCGACGACAUGCUGCUCGAGAUCCUGGACGGCUUCCAGAAGACGGAAUUCUGGUACCUCAACGACAAGGCGCACAAGGACAGCUGCGACGACUCGGCGCCCUGCCGUCCGGCGAGCCACCGCGGCGAGGAGCGGUGGUGGCUGCCGGUGCCGUGCGUCACCAAGUCCGGGCUCACGGAGCCGGCCCGGCGGGACCUGCGGCAGAAGCACGACUGCGCGAGCCAGAUCCACAAGGCGGCCAUGGCCAUCAACAACGGCAUCCUCGCCGAGAUCAAGAUCCCAGAAUCGUACACGCAGACGCUUCCCAAGUGCGGGCGGGCGAGCGUGGGCGACGCCAUCUACCGGGGCAUGUCGUUCCCGGGCAAAUUCUCGCCGGAGUACCUGCUGGACUGCCUGGAGCUGUCGUCGGAGCACGAGGCCCUGGAGGCGGCGGACCGCGUGGAGGCGGCGAUGCACGUGUGGCGGCGCAAGGCGGGGCACGGCCACGCUCGGUCGCCGUGGGGCGCCGUCAAGGACCUCAUGGAGUCGGACAAGAACGUGAUGCUGGCGAGCCGGGCCGAGGACGCCCUGCUCUGCCUCAAGCACCGCUUCCCCGGCCUCUCCCAGACCACGCUCGACGCCAGCAAGAUACAGCACAACAAGGACGUCGGGCAGGCCGUGCUGGAGAGCUACUCCAGGGUGCUGGAGAGCCUGGCGUACACCAUAGUGACAUGUAUAGACGACGUUCUUUUCGCCGACGAGUCGGCGAGGAAGAUCGGAUGA